AUGGCGACGGUUCCGGUGAAGCCACUACCUCCGUUUGGCUUAUACCUUCCUCGCCGGAACCUCGCUACGACAAUGCUCUCCGCCGUUUCGAGCCGGCACUUUCGCGGGGCCUCUACUUAUGAUAGAUGCUUUGAAUUUAAAUUCUUAAGCCAAAUGAAGAAUCCAGCGUCUUUGAGCCACCGUCGGCGAGUAAGCACGGUGGUGGCGUCGGCGGGAAAUUUGACGGCACCGUCAUCGUGGGAGUCUUGGAAGCCGGAUAAGGCGGCGGCGGCGACGGCUAUAUUGCUGAGUGACGUCAUUUGGCCUGCAGCUGGAGCAUUUGCGGCGAUGGCAAUAAUGGGAAGAAUGGAUCAAAUAUUAUCUCCAAAAGGGAUUGCAAUGUCAGUUGCACCACUUGGUGCUGUCUGCGCCAUUCUUUUCACCACUCCUUCUGCUCCUGCUGCUCGCAAAUACAAUAUGUUUCUAGCUCAAAUAGGUUGUGCUGCGAUUGGAGUGAUAGCGUUAUCCGCCUUUGGACCGGGCUGGCUUGCCCGGAGCGUGGCCCUCGCCACUUCUAUAGCGUUUAUGGUCAUUGCUCGUGCCAAUCACCCUCCUGCGGCGAGCUUACCACUAAUGUUCAUAGAUGGAGCAAAGUUCCAUCACUUGAAUUUCUGGUACGCAUUGUUCCCAGGUGCAGCUGCUUGUGUCAUUCUUUGCCUUCUCCAAUCGAUCGUAUGUUACUUGAAGGACAACAUAAAAUUUUGA